GUUCAGUUGGUAUUCUUGAAAGUUUUGGGGUUCGUUGAGUAGCUUAAGCUUUUCACACACCAAAAGCAUGCAUGCAUUUCCCCAAAAGUAAACAACUGGCAGCGUGCAUGCCAUGCAUGCAUGCUACACUUUUUCGGCUACCAUCCUUAUUAUGCCUAAUAGAAUGUACGGACGCGUGUGUGACUCUCUCUCAAACACACACAUUUAUAUAUACUACUAGCUUAAUUAGUAUGUAUUUUACAUAUUAGCUAGCCAGGUUGUUGAGCGAGCUUGGCUUCAAUUCGGCGGGUCCUUCAUUAAUUUAUCUAUCAAGCAAGAAGUGAAGUGAAGUAUGAGGGGGUGUGAAGUUUCAUCCAUCUCCAAAAGAACCGUAGUUAGCACCAAACCUGUACAACCUGCAGGCAAAUUCUCCCCUUUAUCCCUUCUCGACCGCGCUAUGCAACACUACCUCAUACGUCUUGUUUUCUAUUACAGAAAAAUUGAUAAAAAUGUGAAGUUGGGUGAGUCAAUUUCUGAGACGUUGAAUGCUUAUGAAAGAAUGACGGGGAGACUGAUGAGAUCGGCGGAAGAUGAGAAAUGGUUGAUGAAAUGCAACGAUGCUGGGCUGCGACUCGUAGAGGCCAAAGUCAAAGGGAUCACUGUGGCUCAGUGGUUACAAAAUGUGGAUAGGGAGAAGGAGCUUCAACUCGCCCAUUGGGAACCCAUCUUACUCGACCCAUAUUUUUCUUCGCCCUUCUAUAUUCAGAUAACCGAGUUUGAAGAAGGCGGAGUAGCCAUUGGGCUGAGCUGCACGCAUCUCCUUGCUGAUCCCGUUGCCGCCACAAUGUUCAUGAAAGCAUGGGCAGACAUUUCCUUCGCCGGAAAAAUGCUGUGUCCGCCUCACUUCCAUCCCUUCCCGGCGGCGGCGGCGGUUAACAAACAGGUCUGUACUCGUAAUAAUAAUAAUUCCCUGAUCAAGCACUACUGCAAAUUCAUCAGUACCCAAAAACAAAUGUAUCCGGCGGCCAAACGAACGUCGACGAUCACUCUACUCUUCUCGGACCAAAUGGUGAUGAAGUGCAUGUCAAUGGCACAAACAGUAGCGGAUGCCCACGGUGGGGGCGCGUUUGAGGCACUUGCCGGCCUAUUCUGGACCCGCAUUAGCAAGGUCAAGAAUAUGGACUUGGUUGUUGGAUUGGACGUCAGGAAAGUGUUGGGUUUGGACAAAGGCUUCUUUGGAAACUGCAUGGUUUAUAACAAGGCAGCGUGGAAUAAAGAAAGUAUGAAAAUGGGUGACAUUGAUUUGCCAAGCCAAGCGGCUACGGAAAUAAGGAAUUUGGUGAAAGAGAUGGACAGAGAGAGCGUCAUGGAGCUGAUGGAAUGGCUACAACAAAACCCCGGCGACGUCCUGAUUGACGGCGGCUGCGAUUCUCUGGUUUGUGCUAAUCUCGAAGACCUGGACUCGUACUCGGCUUGUUUUGGGGACCGCCCGCCGAUGCAUGUGUCUUGUUACAUCGAACCGGCGGAUGCCGGCAUCGGCAGCAGCAGCAAGCUUGUCAUCCUUCCAUCGCCGCCGCCGGGAACCGGGCCAUUCAGCCGGACGGUUAUGCUUACGUUGCCAGAGAAUGAAGCUUUCGAGCUCAUGGAGGAUCAAUUCAUCCAACAGCUUUCCCCUUCCGUAAAGAUGCAUGCAUGCAAUUAAUUAAUUAAGAACAUUAAUUUAUUAUUACUACGUACUAUUGGACUUUCACUUGUGCGUGCAUGCGUUCACCCAAAAACUAU